UUCUCCGCCCGCUUGUCUGUGACCCAUGCGUGAAUGAAAGUUCCCAAACGCCAAGUGCUCAAGACUUACAGGGAAGAGGCUGUUGAACAUAUUGACAGGGCAUGGAACUACCACAAUAAUGCAUUGAGGAACACUCAUCCAGUCAAUCCGAACGGCUGAAACAGGCUAUGAAGUUUUCAUAAAGACUGUUUUUUAAAAAUGCAAACAAUGGAGCCAAUAACAAAGUGGACGCCAAAGCAAGUUGUCGACUGGAUGAGAGGACUGGAUGAUAGCCUCCAGCAGUACAUCCAUAACUUUGAGCGGGAGAAGAUCAAUGGGGAGCAGCUGCUAAAGAUCUCCCACCAGGACCUGGAGGAACUGGGGGUGUCCCGGAUCGGCCAUCAGGAGCUGGUCCUGGAGGCGGUGGACCUGCUCUGUGCUCUGAACUAUGGCGUGGAGACCGAUAACCUGAAGAAUCUGGUGGUAAGAAUGAGGGCAGCGUCCAACAACCUCCACAUGGGAACGUCUGAACGGCGCAAAAGCCCUACGUACGACGGCACCAGCUCCCACAAGCCCCCCAACGAGUUCCUCACCUCUGUGGUGGAGCUCAUCGGUGCAGCCAAGAGCCUCCUGGCCUGGUUGGACAGGACGCCCCUGACCGGCAUCAGCGACUUCACAGCCACCAAGAACAAGAUCAUUCAGCUUUGCCUGGAGCUUACUACCACAGUGCAACAGGACUGCACUGUCUUUGACAUGGAAGAGAAGAUUCUAGAAGUCUCCAAGGUGUUGAACACCAUCUGUGACCAGACUGUGAGAACGACCUCUGACCCCCUAAUGAGCCAGUCAGCUUGCCUCGAAGAAGUCCAGCUGAACAACAUCAAACCUGGAGAGGGCCUGGGCAUGUACAUCAAGUCCACCUACGAUGGUCUUCACGUCAUCACCGGCACCACGGAGCAUUCUCCUGCUGACAUGACACGAAAGAUCCAUGCAGGUGACGAGGUGAUCCAAGUCAACCAUCAGACAGUGGUUGGCUGGCAGCUGAAAAACCUGGUGGCCAAGCUCAGGGAGGAUCCCAAAGGUGUUGCGCUGAUGCUGAAGAAGAGACCCACAGGCACCUCUGGGUUCACCCCUGCCCCCCUCAAAAACAUGCGCUGGAAGCCUGCGGUGCCUCAAGUACAGAACACCCACUCCCCGACCAAAGCCCAGUCUCCCAGCAACACGGCAGAGUUGUGCUCCAGGAAAGAGAAGCCUGCCAUUCUGGACCUGUACAUCCCUCCACCUCCAUCAGUCCCCUACACCCCACGUGACAUGAGGAACAGCACCUAUGCUGCCAUUCACAAGAUCGGGAAGGGCUCCGAAUCACCUAACUCGUUCCUCGACCUGGAGAACCGACGGCGCUUCACCAUCGCCGACUACGACAAACUGAACGUCUACCCAGUGGAGGCCAACGUCAUUCAGCCACGAAUGAGAGAGCGCACCACCUCACGCAGUAAACCGCGGCCUCUCUCCAUGCCCGUAGACACCUGCCUCAGUGUGAAUGACGGCUACACUAAGCCGUGGGCACAAGGCAAGAAAGGCGAAGAGCUCCUGUACAGAUACCUGAGUAAUGAGCGAAUCCCCACCAUCGCUGAGGAGAGCCCUGCCGGCGGGAUGAUGCACAGGUCCAACGGGGACCGAACACCAGUCCGCAGCCUCGACCACAUCCGCAGUGGCCGUUACCUCGUCAACGUGGACCUUCACAACAGCGCUACGAUCCCUUACCAGGAGGACUUCUCCAAAAAGGCCCCCAUGUCGUCCACCCCGAAACGACCUCCCGCAGAGCCUUCGCUACUGGUGUCGGACUGGAAUUCCAGCCGGGGCUUCAUCGACAGAUACAACCAUCGCUCGUGGUCCUUCUCACAAGCAGCCUCUUUUCCACUUUCUGUUGCACCUCCUAUGGCUGCUGAUGAGUACAAUCCUGUAUCUCUCAGACCCAAAUCCAAGAAAAAGACUCGUGGAAGCAAUGUCACCAUGAGCAGAAGGCGAGUGUCUGUGAAAGAGCUGGGUCCGGCGGAUCACCAGGGCUGGCUCUACAGGAAGAAGGAGGGAAAAGGCUUCCUGGGAAUAAAGUGGAAGAAGUAUUGGUUUGUCCUGAAGAAAACCUCGUUGUACUGGUACACUAGUGAGACGGCGGAAAAGGCAGAAGGAUACAUAAACUUGAAAGACUUCAUGAUUGAUAGGGCAAUAGAGUGCAAGAAAAAAUAUGCCAUCAAAGCCUGCCAUCCACAAGUCAUGAUGUUCUACUUUGCAGCUGAGAGUCUGGAGGACAUGAACAGGUGGCUAAAUAAGCUUGGGCUAGCUUCCAUUCAGUAUGAGUAUGAGCCCUCAGAGCCUACACAACCAGCUGAGUGCUACAGUGAAGCAAGUGAUCAUGAGGAGACAGAGUCCCCAGAGGCACCCCCGCCCCCAUACACAGAACAGGUGAUACAGAAGUCCUUGCACAUUGAUGGUCAGCAUGACAGUGAGCCACAGGGCACUCUUCCACCUCCCUACUCCUCACCUCCUCCCAGUGAAGCCACUGGAACUCUGUCGUCACCUGUCAGCACUAUGACUUCACACAGCUCGGCCUCUUCGCUGGCCAAGCAUCGCCAGUCCUGGCUAGACCUGGUCUCCCAGUCUGCUCCCCCUGCCCGAGAUACGGUGGUCUGUUCUGUGCAGGUUCAUGCACAGAGUCCCCCUCUGAAGGAACUUUCUAUGCCCUGUGAAGACCCUGCUUCCUCUGACGACUACACGGCCUGUGCGGACAAUGCGGAGGCCCUUAUGAGACCUGAGCAACUGUCAGAACCAGCUGAAUCCAGCCAGACGAAUGGUCUAGAAGAUGUAGCUGAUGAGAUGGAAAGACUCUACAUAGACCUGAAACGGGCUAGCCUCUCCCCAACUGGUGAACGCAAGCCAUCAACUAAGCGGGAAUUCAGAGCGUCAUUCAUAAAACGAUGCAAAAACCAUGCAGUCAAUGAAAAGUUACAUGUUGUCAGAACUUUAAAUAGUACUUUGAAGGCUAAAGAGGCAGAUCUGCUUACACUGGACCAGGUGCUCUCUGACCCAUCUCUAUCUGCUAGCAAAUUUCGUGAAUGGAAGGAGUCCAACACAGUGCUCCUGCAGGAGAUCUGUAUGCGUCACAACUUGCAGGAGGAAAUCCCAGUACCUCCAGUUGCAGAAACAGGAGCAGAAGCAGCAGCAACAGCAGAAGAAGUAACCAUUGCUGGGACUUAUGCAGAGACCAGCAUAUAGACAACUUAGUCCUUACAACCAAAUGGACUUGGACUUGGUCAGAGAUAUUCAUAACCACAUCAGUGCUACUUAAACUAAAUUUAAGGACCUUGAAAAAUACAGGCUCUUAACUGUG